UCUAUCAAGACUUUAAAAAUAAAUACAUUGCAGUUUUUGUAAUACAGUAUUUAAUACCAACCUAAUUUACGUGAAUAAUAAAUAAUAAAAAUAACGAUACGAACAUGGUGUCGAGAAGUCUGACAGAAGUUUUCGUAUUAAUGCGUAACAACGCGAUACACAGCCGACAAAUAUUCUCAGAAAGAAAUAAUGAUUCAGAACGUGCUAGACUUAUGCGACGAAGCUCUCAUGAUAUGGAAGCCGGAGCUGAGAUGAGAGUUGACUCACGUGCCCCACCGCCCUGGGCUGAUGCAUUAGAGGAAGCUCACUAUGUUAUGACUAGACUAAAAACUAAACUAUCGGAACUAGAAGCUAGACAUGAGAAACAAAUCAAUCGGCCCGCUCUAGAUGACUCCACUGAACAACAGCAUAUAGAGAGACUCAGCACUGAAAUUGGAAGGCAUUUCACGCAUGCGCAUACACACCUCACAGCUAUUAAAGCACAAAUAAGACACGGUAACAAAACAGAACAAAAACUAGCAGCCAACGUUGUACUAGCACUGGUCACAACUCUGCAGGAAUUGAGCGUGAUCUUCAGAACAGCGCAAUCGAAUUAUUUAAAGUCCCUCACGUCCAGAGAAGAAAGGUCGAAUGCGUACUUCGAUCUCCCGAAUUUCGAAGAGUUAAGUCUAAAUGACAACGAGCUACCCUCAGGACUCACGGAUAACGAAACGGACCUGUUGUUUGCCUUACCGAGCACGUCAGGAACCCAAAAAACCUUCUACGACGAGGACCGAACGGACGAUCAGCCUAAGCAGAUGUACAAUCAGAAACAGCUGCUGCUCAUACAGGAAGCCAACACGAGAAUGGUCGCAGAGAGGGAGGAAGAAGUUAACAAAGUUGUUAGAUCUAUAGUCGAUUUAAAUGAGAUCUUCAAGGAUUUGGCUCACAUGGUCCACGAACAAGGUACGGUUUUAGAUAGAAUAGAUUUCAAUAUAGAGCAGACGCACGUGCAGGUCAGCGAAGGCUACAAGCAGCUGCAGAAGGCGGAGAGGUACCAGCGGAAGAAUAGAAAAAUGAAAUGCAUCAUGAUACUCUGCGUUGUAGUCGUGGUGCUGUUUUUCCUGUUGAUCGUUGUCAAAAGCUAGCCGUAGAAGCCAAAGUUUAUGUUACAUGAUUAUUUUUUUUUGCUUAGAUGGGUGGACGAGCUCACUGCCCACCUGGUGUUAAGUGCUUACUGGA